GGCGGGCUCCGGCGACCCGGCUGGGCGCGCAGUGUGGCGCGAGGCGGACGCGGGCGGGCGGGGAAGCCGGACCUUCCGCACCUGCGGCGCCCGGGGGCUCGUCGGGCACCUGCGGCUGCGCCCUGCGCGUCCCCGGGCCAUGGCGCACGUGGAGGCGGCGGCUCCGAGGGCCCGCCGGGGCCUCCUGUGAGCGGGGGACCAGAGCGGGGACCAGGCGCGGGGCCUCGGGCACGAUGCCCGUCCUCCCGGAGGCGAGGGCGGCGGGGCGCGCGGUGGCCCUGGCCCUGGUGCUGCUGCUCCCCGCGGGGCCCGCGGGCGCCCUGCUCCGCCUGCAGCCGGGCCUGCCCCACGUGUGUGCGGAGCGGGAGCUGACCUUGGUGGGCCGCCGCCAGCCCUGUGUGCAGGCUUUCAGCCGGACCGUGCCCGUGUGGAAGGCGGGCUGCGGGCGGCAGGCGUGGUGCGUCCGCCACGAGCGGAGAACCAUCUACUACACCGGCUACAGGCAGGUGUACGCCAUGGAGGCCCAGACCGUGCUCAGGUGCUGCCCGGGCUGGAGCCAGCGGCCCGGUGACCAGGGCUGCCUCUCCCCCCACUGCGGCGCUGGCAUCUGUUUCAACGGUGGCCACUGCAUGCCUGGCUCAGCCCAGCUAUGCUACUGUCCCCGAGCCUUCCAGGGCCCCCGCUGCCAGUACGACGUGGAUGAGUGCUCCGACGGGAACGGGGGCUGUGAGGACCAGUGCUCCAACACCGUGGGGGGCUUCUACUGCCGCUGCCCCGCUGGCCACCAGCUGCAGGGGGACGGCAGGACCUGCCAAGACGUGGAUGAGUGCCAAGUGCACAACGGUGGCUGUCAGCACAGAUGCGUGAACACACCAGGCUCUUACCUCUGCGAGUGCAAGCCCGGGUUCCGGCUCCAUGCGGACGGCAGGACCUGCUUGGCCAUAAACUCCUGUGCCGUGGGGAACGGGGGCUGCCAGCACGAGUGUGUCCAGCUCACGGUGACCCGGCACCGCUGCCAGUGCCGCCCCGAGUUCCAGCUCCAGGAGGAUGGAAAGCGCUGUGUCCGGAGGAACCCGUGCGCGGAGCGGAACGGCGGCUGCUCGCACACGUGCCAGGUGCGCCGCGGCCUCGCCCACUGUGAGUGCCAUGCGGGCUUCCUGCUGGCGGCCGACCGCAGGUCCUGUGAAGAUGUGGACGAGUGCGCCACAGGGCAGGCCCAGUGUGCCCACGGCUGCCUCAACACCCAGGGCUCCUUCACAUGUGUCUGCCACGCCGGCUAUGAGCUGGGCGCUGACGGCCGCCAGUGCUACCGUAUCGAGAUGGAAAUUGUGAACAGCUGUGAGGCAGAGAACGGGGGCUGCUCACACGGCUGUAGCCACAGCAGUGCGGGGCCGCUGUGCACCUGCCCCCGCGGUUACGAGCUGGACGAGGACCAGAAGACGUGCAUCGACGUGGACGACUGUGUGGCCUCCCCGUGCUGCCAGCAGGCCUGUACCAACAGUCCCGGCGGGUAUGAGUGUGGCUGCUACGCCGGCUACCGGCUCAGCGCCGACGGCUGCGGGUGUGAGGACGUGGACGAGUGUGCGUCCGGCCACGGCGGCUGUGAACACCACUGCACCAACCUGGUGGGCUCCUUCCAGUGCUCGUGUGCGGCUGGCUUCCGGCUGGACGAGGACCGCAGGGGCUGUGCCCCCCUGGAGAUCCUCGAGGUGGACGUGGACGGCCAGCUGCCCUUCGCACGGCCCCUCCCACACGUCGCGGUGCUCCGGGACGAACGGCCUCCCCUCUUCCAAGACGACUAUGUCGGGGUCCAGGAGGAGGAGGAGGCGGUGGCGGCGGAGGUCCGGGGCGAGCACACACUGAUGGAGAAGUUUGUCUGCCUGGACGCCUCCUUUGGCCAGGACUGCAGCCUCACGUGUGACGACUGUCAGAAUGGAGGCACCUGCCUCCCGGGCCUGGACGGCUGUGACUGCCCCGAGGGCUGGACCGGCCUCGUCUGUAAUGAGACUUGCCCUCCGGAUACCUUCGGGAAGAACUGUAGCUUCUCCUGCGGCUGCCUGAACGGCGGGACCUGCGACCCUGCGACGGGCGCCUGCCGCUGCCCUCCUGGGGUUGGUGGAGCCCGCUGUGAGGACGGCUGCCCCAAGGGCUUCUACGGCAAGCAGUGCCACAAGAAGUGCCACUGUGCCAACCGUGGCCGCUGCCACCGCCUCUACGGGGCCUGCCUCUGUGACCCGGGACUCUACGGCCGCUUCUGCCACCUGGCCUGUCCACCGUGGGCCUUCGGGCCCGGCUGCUCCGAGGAGUGCCGGUGCGCGCAGCAGAACACGCUGGCCUGUGACCGCAGGGACGGCAGCUGCUCCUGCAAGGCUGGCUUCCGGGGCGAGCGGUGUCAGGACGAGUGUAUGCCAGGCUUCUUUGGGCCUGGGUGCCUCCAGGCGUGUACCUGUCCUCAGGGUGUGGCCUGCGACCCCGUCAGCGGCCAGUGCGGGAGGCCGUGUCCGGCCGGCUACCAGGGGAAGGACUGUGAUCAAGAGUGCCCGGGGGGGACAUUUGGUGUGAACUGCUCGGGCUCCUGCUCCUGUGGGGGGGCACCCUGUGACCGGGUCACGGGGCAGUGUCUGUGCCCCCCAGGGAAGACGGGGGACGACUGUGGGGCAGACUGUCCGGAGGGGCGCUGGGGGCUCGGCUGCCAGGAGAUCUGUCCAGCGUGUGAGCACGGCGCCGCGUGUGAGCCCGGGACCGGAGCCUGCCUGUGUCCCCCCGGUUACACGGGCAGUCGCUGCCAGGACCCGUGCCCAGCAGGCUGGUUCGGGCCCGGCUGCCAGAUGAGAUGCUCCUGUGCCAACGAUGGGUACUGUCACCCGGCAACGGGACGUUGCAGCUGUGCCCCUGGAUGGACUGGCCUCAGCUGCCAGAGAGCCUGUGACGGUGGGCACUGGGGACCCGACUGCAGCCAGCGCUGUGACUGCGGCCCAGGCCACGGGAGCUGCGACGCGGUCAGUGGCCUGUGUGUGUGUGAGGCCGGCUACACAGGCCCGCGGUGCGAGCAGCGGUGUCCCCAGGGCCACUUUGGGCCGGGCUGUGGGCGGCAGUGCCAGUGUGAGCACGGGGCAGCCUGUGACCACGUCAGCGGGGCGUGCACCUGCCCGGCCGGCUGGAGGGGAACCUUCUGUGAACGCGCCUGCCCGGCGGGCUUCUUCGGCCUGGACUGCCGCGGCAUCUGUGACUGUGCCGCCGGGGCCCCCUGUGACUCUGUGAGCGGCUCCUGCCUCUGCCCUGCCGGCCGCUGGGGCCCCCGCUGUGCACAGGCCUGCCCUGCCCCCACCUACGGGCCCAACUGCAGCCAGACCUGCUCCUGCUUCAACGGGGCGUCCUGUGACCCCGUCCACGGACAGUGCCGCUGCGGUCCUGGCUGGAUGGGCCCCACCUGCCUGGAGCCCUGUCCCACGGGCUCCUACGGCGACGGCUGUCAGCACACCUGUCUCUGCCAGCACGGGGGCACCUGUGACCCGGUCUCAGGCCGCUGCACAUGCCCCGAGGGCUGGGCCGGGCUGGCCUGUGAGCAGGAGUGCUCCCCGGGGCGCUUUGGAGCCGGCUGCGAGCACAGUUGCGGGUGUCUCAACGGCGGCGUCUGUGACGGGCGCUCGGGCCACUGCCUCUGCCCCGCCGGCUGGACCGGGGACAAGUGUCAGAGCCCCUGCGCUGAGGGCACGUUUGGGGCGCGCUGUGAGGAACGUUGUGCCUGCCGGCGGGGGGCCCCCUGCCACCACGUGACGGGGGCCUGCCUCUGCCCCCCGGGAUGGAGAGGCUCGCGGUGCGAGAGCGCCUGUCCGCGUGGCUGGUUCGGAGAGGCCUGUGCCCAGCGCUGCCGGUGCCCGCCCGACACCGCCUGCCACCACGUCACUGGGGAGUGUCGCUGUCCGCCAGGCUCCACAGGGCCCGGCUGUGAGCAGGGGUGCCCCCCGGGGCGGUUUGGGCCUGGCUGUGAGGAGCGCUGUGGGUGUCCGGACGGGGCCUUCUGUGACGCAGCCACCGGGGCCUGCCUCUGUCCUGCCGGCUUCCUGGGGGCAGACUGCAGCCAGCGCUGUCCACAGGGCCGCUUCGGUCCUGGCUGUGCCCACGUGUGCCUGUGCGGGCAGGGAGCAGUGUGUGACCCGGUGACCGGCAGUUGCUCCUGUCCCCCCGGGAGGACUGGCGUCCACUGUGAGCACGGCUGCCCUGAGAACCGGUUCGGCGUGAGCUGUGAGGGCGUGUGCGCCUGCAGGAAUGGUGGCCGGUGCCACGCGGCCGACGGCAGCUGCUCCUGCGGCCUGGGCUGGAUGGGGCCACACUGCGAGCUGGCCUGCCCUCCUGGUCGCUACGGUGCCGCCUGCCGCCUGGAGUGCUCUUGCCAGAACAACGGCACGUGCGAACCCGCCACGGGCACCUGCCGCUGCGGCCCCGGUUUCUACGGCCAGGCCUGCCAGCACUCCUGUCCCCCCGGCUUCCACGGGGCCGGCUGCCGGGCCGUGUGUGCGUGUCAGCAUGGGGCCCCUUGUAACCCUGUCAGCGGUCAGUGUGUCUGCCCUGCCGGCUCCUCCGGCCAGCUCUGCGAGAGGGGGUGUGAACCAGGCUCUUUUGGAGAGGGCUGCCACCAGCGCUGUGACUGCAAGGCAGGGGCACCCUGUGACCCCGUUACCGGCCAGUGCCUGUGUCCCCCAGGGCGCACAGGGGCCGCCUGUGACCUCGACUGCGCAGCGGGCUUCUUCGGGCCAGGCUGCGUCCUGCACUGCGGCUGUGGGGCUGGGGUGGCAUGUGACCCCGUCACCGGGUGGUGCCACUGUGCGGACGGUUACGUGGGGCCCGCCUGCCAGCAAGCGGCCGCACAGCCGGCGUCUCACCGGCCAGCACCGGGGCUCAGCAGCGGCGCCGAGAAGCACUAGCUCAGAGACAGCCCCCAAGCAGGCCCAUCUUCCAGGCGCCUUGGCGACGACUGACGAGGGGCGCCUGUGGGCCGGCCAGGACUCAGCCCAGGCUGCCCGGCCCUGCAGCCUCUCGCUGGGCAAGGGGAGGGAGGCCCUGCCUGGCCCAGCUCCAGGGAGUCCAGGCGGUGGGCCCGGCCUCCGGCUGCCCAGCCACACAGCCGCGCUGGCCGCAGAAGCUGGGGAAGCCCUCCCCCCUGCCUCCCUGCUACCCGCUCCGCACGCUGGGUGGGGACUGAGGGCAGGUGCAGGUGCAGAGAGGGGUCCCUGCGCUACGGGCAGGUUCUUCUGGUGCUAGGCCCUGGGACUGCUGUGCUCAGCCCGGUCACCUGCCCUCGUAGGCCGCUGUAUUUAUGGAGAUGUAUUUAUGGGCGGCUGACCACACCUGCUACACCCCUGGGCCCUGGAACGCUGCCCGUCCCUGCCUGCCCCAGGAAACCCUGCUGCGGGACUUUGGGGCCCCGUGGGAUCGCUGGGCACGAGCUCCGGUACAUGUGCAACCCAGAAACCCAAGAAAGAAGCCGCCGCUUCCUUGUG